AUGAAAUAUUUAGCUUCUAUUGCACUUACACUUGGUCUCCUUUCUGCCUCAAAUGCACUUGAAUUAGCACAAAGAGAUGACUCAACAGCCACUGAUACCACCACUCUUGAUGCUGCUAAAGAAACAUCUUCUAUUGACAUAAUAGCCAAAAAUGCUGUCUCCACUAUAGCUGAUUCUGACGACUCUACAAUGAUACCACUUCCUACUCUUGAUCCAGAAUCUGUAUCUUCUACAUCUCGUGGUCAUAGAACAAGAACCUAUACUGAAACUGGUGAUGAUACUGAACUGACUGCUCUUAGCGAUUCAUAUUCAGAUUCAGACUCACAGGAAACUAUCUUAAAUUCAGAUCUGGAAAGUACUUCUCAAGCAUCCCAAACAGCAAAGUCUGUUUCUAGUUCAAACAACGCAAUUCUACAGUUUGGAGACCAAUACGCUUUUAAUGCCGGUAUUUCGUUGUCUAUUGUUGGGGUUAUCUUAUCUCUUUUGUAA